GUGAGUUAAAGGGGGCAGUACCGACGGCGCGUCUCGCGCGUCUCAUCCUCACAGCGCGAGCAGAGGAGCGCAUCAGCGAGCGCGAGCGGAUCAUCUUGCCUUGUUCUUCUCGCUUCGAUUUCACAUUCAAGACGAAAUAUUGAAUGUGUCGGAAUCUGAACAACUCACAUUUCACUUUCUCAAAACGGGAUAUAAUGUAACUGCUAUGCUUGAGAAAUCUGUCUUAACUAAAGGAGUCAUACAAUGGGCAAACUUCACUCAAAACAUGCUUGCAAACGCCGCGAAAACCCCGAAGGAGACAGUUUUGGAGUGAACGCUUUUAUUUCAAGAAGAGGCGUUGAAGACGGCACACCUGAGCCUCGUCUGAAAGAGUUUCAGAAGUGCGAGGGCAUUGGGCUGAAGGAUGGGCAGAUAUCAGAUCAUCGCUGCCCUCUAGAGGUGGUUCUGCCUCCAGAGAGAGUGGAGGGAUGCGAGCGUUUGCUGCCGUAUCUGAACUCCGACGUGACCUGCAGAGGACACAAGCGCAUCAGUAUAGAUGUGUGUUUGUGGUGUUUACAGGACGUGGAGUGUAACGUGUCUGUGGGUGAAGACAACAGGCACGAGUGGGUCUUCACCCUCUACGACUUCGACAACAGCGGAAAAGUGACAAUGGAGGACAUGUCCAGUUUGAUGCACAGCAUCUAUGAAGUCGUGGAUUCAUCUGUCAAUCAGUCUUGUAACAGCAAACGGAAGACCCUCCGCGUCAAACUGUCCGUCACCCCUGAACCUGCAGCACGCAGAAAAGACGGCAAACAUCCGGCGACAGAGAGAGACGCGCUUCGUUGGAGUCGCAUCGAGCCGUCUCAUCCAGACGACAGACAGCCGUCACACAUCAGGGGCCAGAGUUCUGAACCUCACGAGAGAAAUCACUAUUGUGUGGAUGAAAACACAGAAAGAAGAAAUCACUAUCUGGAUCUGGCAGGAAUAGAGAACUACACCUCCAGAUUUGACAGUUCCUCGCCUCCUGCGGCCCAGCCGGCUCACACCUCACGAGGAGCACAAUCCCAAAAUCGCUCCCGGUCCCACGAGCCCGAAGCCCACGUCCAUCGUCGCCGGUCGCAGGUCAUCCCCGAUCACGGUGUUCCUCUGGACCCCCGUGUACGUGGACCCCAGUUCAUCAAAUCUCCCAAAGGGACGUCCAGAGCGGUGAUCGGUGGAGGAGGAAAGAUCAACAAGUGCCACGGUUACUAUCCUCCCCCACAGGGCCACGGGGGUCAGGACGUGUACCACCUCCCACCACAGCCUCAACCUCUGCCGGGUCACCAGCACCCUCUUCAACACAGCCACAGUAAAAGGCUGAGAUCCAAAACCAGAGAACAGGCCCUGUCCCCUUCCAAACAACCCCCGCUGGACCGCGAGCAGUCGUCCGGCAACGCGACCAGCCUUGUGGUCCCGGUAGUCAAAAGACACGAGCACCAUCACCACCACGAACAUCAUCAUCAUCACCACUAUCAUCAUUAUCACCAGACAUGACUUUGAGUCCACCCGCUGGAACGCUCCACCGCGGAGGAAACGGCCGGUUCACUGCUUUAGCAAAACUGUGGAUGUUUGUUUGAGUCACAUGCCAUCAUCUGAAAUCGACGCAAGGAUCCGUUCAAGCAAACAGCAGAAGUUUGGAUUCCUUUAACUAUCAGGAUCAUAAAGGUCGUUCCUGUUGUGCAGUAAACGUUUUAAAACUGAAAUAAAAUGAACAUGCUUGUAUUUAAGAAGCUAUGUCUAUAAAAGCAAGAAUCAGACUUUCGCAAAUACACUCUGGUCAAGCUCAGGCACUUAUACUUUAUUCAUCAUGAUUUCAUUUGAUUUACACACUGACCUGAAAAUGAACCUGACGGAAGUAAAGAAUUAACAAAGGUGUUCAUUUGAAAAUAUUAAAUAAUCUCUGUAAUGUUAUCAAACAGAGAAUUUCUAAUACUCACUGAUGUUUGUGAUGUUUUCCCAAAAAUAGAUUCCUCCAUAAAGGAAGUGACCUAGGUUAUUAGAAUAUUACAAAAGACUAGCAAGAAAUAAGUACACAGGAAAAACAGUGUAACCAAGAGAAGUAAUAUGAUUUUCAUCAUUAAAAAAUCCAAAUGUCAUAUUUUAUCCAGUGUAUUCAAACAUGAAAACUGCAUGCUAGGAAUGACCCUAUCGUAUAAUGUAAACUGAUCAACAAUAAGCCACGAUGCUGUUGAUUUUUUGUCUCUGUCUCUCUGUAAGUCUCAGGUGAACGGUGCUGCUCUGUAGCUUUUCUGGGAAAAAGGCUAUUUCUCCUUUGGGAGACCAACCAUGAGUGAAAUACCAAAGGAAAAUCACCACUGCCAGUUUUAAUGCAAAAAUGUCUUCCUGUAUGUUUAGAAAUAAAUCAAAAUGUAUGAAUAGUAACAUAUGUAUGAUUAUACAGCAUAUGCAUAUUUAUCAUGGUUUAUACAUGUGCAUCUAUAUGUUUUAUAUAUAUGUAUAUUUUAAUAAAAUACUUAAUAGUUAAUAUCAA